GACCAUUGGAAGCAUCACCAAAAGUUCUCGCCCCGGAGACUGACUGGCUUGAGACCGGACAGACAACUAUUCCCAGAAUCAAUCUAAACAGAUCAAUCCCAACACAACCACAAAGCAUACCCGCACAUACGGCAUCGGACUCUAAUACAUCCCCCCUCCGCUCCGCCACAAAUCGCACAAAAUGUCUUCCAUCCUCCGUAAACUCCAGGGUGGAAACCUCGAGGUCUUCAAGUUCGGAACCUACAUCCUCUUCCCCAUCGGCUGGAUGUACUACUUCGGCACGAACCUCGACGACCGCUUCACCAUCCAGGGCUUCUGGCCCACCGCCGAACAAUCCCACAAGAUCCCUCUCGAGAAGGAGGAGAUCGACCGCGAACUGAACCGCAUGCGCAUGAACGAUGCCAUCCGCCGGGAGCGGAGACAGCGCGAGGCGGAGGCGGAGGCGGAGCUGCAGCUGGCUCAGGCCCGGGCGCAGAUGGAAGGAUCUGCCAGCGCGGAGUAACUUCUCCUUUUUGAGUGAUGUGAUGGCUUGUUUGUUUGUUCGAGCGGGGUGGAGAAAAAGGCUGCGGUGUGAGAUGGAUGCUGCGUAUGCCGAGGUUUCCCUUGACAUCCUGACCCGGGGACGAGCAGACUCAUUCUUUGAUUGAUGGGCUUGCGGUGUAUCCCUCAGCGGAUAGUGGGUUGGUGUGGGCAUCCAUGUCCGCUCCGAUAUGGUGAGUUCGGUACGUUGAUUAUGUACACUCUCUGGCCGGGGGGUUCACUUGUUUUUUAUUUCUUUUCUUUCUUGUUGUAUAACACUCUUCUCUGAGCAUGACCGGAGUUGUAUAUUUGGGAUUGGGGACUGUUUUUUUGUCGGGAGUUCUUUCUUUUAGCUGCAGGACAAAAUUGGACUUCGAUGCUUAUUGGCAGUGUAUGUUCAGUAUCGGUGUCUGCAUGUCCGAAUCGCACGGAUACGCUGCGCUGUAGCUACGAUAUGUAGUCUAGUUUACA